AUGUACCCUUUAGUCGAUUCUCGCUCGCUCGCUUAACCGGCCUGUCUCUGCCACGCGAGUCAACUACAUUUAUGGGCGGAAUACCAAACGCUCCUGCUCUCUUCCUCUUCUUCCUAUCUUCACUCACCUGCCCCUGCCUGCCCCAUCUCUACCUCGCCCCAUCCCCCCGCCCUCGCGCCCUCGACCCCCACCUCCUCACGGCUUGACCCACUGCUACAUCUCUCUUAUAAUUAUCUGUGUUAUUAUUAGUGCGUUCGCCAGAUUGAGGAAAGAGUUUAUGCAUGUGUGGUUACGCUCUCAAUUUGAAUCGAAGCCGGAGAAGAAGGGAAGUGAAGACAUGACGCUGAACCGCCUCUGCUUCCUAGCCGAACCUAAUUCUUCCGAAUACUUGAAGGUAAACCGCAACAAAAGUUGGAAUAAUAUAUGGAGAGGUGCUCGUGGCGCCGUCCGUUGGUUCUGCGGGGACCGCAGCCUCUGCCGAUGCGCGGCCAUCGAAGAGCGCGGCCACGACUCGUCCCGCUUCGAGGACAUUGCGGGCGUAGACGGCUGUCCUAACGAGAAGGUGGGCGGCGGCAACCCCCGGAUCUUCAGCUACUCGGAGCUCUACAUCGCCACCAGCGGGUUCAGCGACAAGGAGGUCCUCGGCAGCGGCGGCUUCGGCCGCGUCUACCGCGGCGUCCUCCCCAGCGACGGCACGGCCGUGGCCGUCAAGUGCGUGGCCAGCCACGGCGACCGCUUCGAGAAGGCCUUCGCGGCCGAGCUGGUGGCCGUGGCGCAGCUCCGCCACCGCAACCUCGUCCGCCUGCGCGGCUGGUGCGUUUACGACGAUCGCCUCCUCCUCGUCUACGACUACAUGCCCAACCGCAGCCUCGACCGCAUCCUCUUCUCCCCGUCCUCGUGCGGGCCUCCGCUCGAGUGGGAGCGGCGUCGGCGCGUGGUCUCGGGGCUCGCCGCCGCGCUCUUCUACCUGCACGAGCAGCUCGACACGCAGAUCAUCCACCGCGACGUCAAGACCAGCAACGUCAUGCUCGACGCCGACUACAACGCCCGCCUCGGCGACUUCGGCCUCGCCAGGUGGCUCGAGCACGGCGGCGGCAACGGCAACGGCAGCAACGAGCCGGUGGAGGUGCACUCCAUGCGGUCCGCGUCGGCCAAGGCUGACUACCAGUUCCGCAUCUCCGAGACCAGCCGGAUCGGAGGGACGAUCGGAUACCUACCCCCGGAGAGCUUCCAGCGUAAAGGCACGGCCACGGCCAAGUCGGACGUGUUCAGCUUCGGAAUCGUUGUGCUGGAGGUGGCGACCGGGCGGCGGGCCGUCGACCUGACUUAUCCGGACGACGAGAUAUUCAUGCUCGAUUGGGUGCGACGGUUGUCGGACGAGAAGAACCUGCUGAGCGCCGUGGACCACAAGCUGGCGGACGGUACGUACCCGCUUGUGGAGAUGGGGCGGCUCCUCCGCCUCGGCCUCCUCUGCUCCCUCCACGAUCCCCGAUCCCGGCCAACCAUGAAAUGGGUCACGGAGAACCUCUUCUCCUCCGGCGACCUCCCGCCGCUUCCGUCCUUCAAGUCCCACCCUCAGUACAUCUCCCUCUCUUCCUCCUCCUCCUCCUCCUCCUCCUCCUCUGCUUCGUCGGUUCCCACAACGCAAGUCAGCACUUUGUCCAACUCCAAUUACCACACGGCAGCGGGCUCCACCAUUUUCUUCACGGCAGACAACGUCGGCAACGGUUCCGGCGGCGGAGGUAGCAAUGAGAGCCGAAGCUCUGGGAGUAAGCCUAUUCCAAACGUGGACACCAACAACUUCUCUGAGACGCAGAUGGUGGCAGAGCUGGACUUCGGGACCGGGUACCAGGGGUUCUUGGAGAAUCGCUUCCACGUGCUGGUGAAGAGGCUGGGGAUGAAGACGUGCCCAGCCCUGCGGGUCCGCUUCGCCAACGAGCUCGACAACCUGACCAGGCUCCGCCACCGCCAUCUGGUGCAGCUCCGCGGGUGGUGCACCGAGCAGGGGGAGAUGCUCGUCGUCUAUGACUACUCGCCCAGCAGCCUCCUCAGCCACUACCUCUUCAACCGCCGCCGCCACCACCAUGGCGAUUACGUCCUCCCAUGGCACCGCCGCUACACCAUCGUCAAGUCCCUCGCCUCCGCGGUGCUCUACCUCCAUGAGGAGUGGGAGGAGCAGGUCAUCCACCGCAACAUCACCUCCUCCGCCGUCCUUCUCGACGCCGACAUGAACCCCCGGCUCGGCUGCUUUGCGCUUGCUGAGUUCCUCUCCCGCAACGAGCACGGGCACCAUCACAUGAAUUCUUCGGCGCGCGGCAUAUUUGGGUACAUGUCACCGGAGUACAUUGAGACGGGCGAGGCGACGACAGCAGCGGACGUGUACAGCUUUGGCGUGGUGGUGCUGGAGGUGGUGAGCGGGCAGAUGGCGGUGGACUUCCGGUCGCCAGAGGUGCUACUAGUGAGAAGGGUGCAGCGGAGCUUUGAGGCAAGGAGGGCCAUCGAGGACUUGGUAGAUCAUCGGCUGGACGGGCAGUUCCAACAGACGAGGUUGGUGAGGCUCGGGGUGACGUGCACUUGCUCAGAUCCUGAUCGGCGGCCGAGCAUGAAGCAGAUCGUCAGCAUAUUGGACGGCAACAACGAGUUGCUCAACAAGUUUGGCGUGCACGAUAAGAAAGAGGAGAGGGAAGAUUGGGAGGGAAAGAAUGCCCUUUCUCUCUCUUUGAUUAGAAGAAUUCAAGCUAUCGGCAUUCAGUGAGCGGAUUUUACUGCAUACAAUUGCUACCUUUUAAUAUAAGAAACAGAACAGUAUAUGAUAUUAUUGUGUGAAGGGGAGGGGAGUGUGAGCUUCUUGAUGCUUUUAUUGGUCAUGUUUUCUGCUUACCUAUCUGUAAAUAGUGUUUGUAGUUGAUUGAUGAGAACAGCUUAAAAUAGAGGAUGAACUUCGCGAAAUGCAUUAUUUCACUGUGUGAAUC